UGCCAGCGUCAUGCCAGCGUCUCUUCUCUCUAUCUGCUAUGCGGACGGGAGUGACAGACGCAGACUGAAUAUUCGGGUGUGCCAGAAAUCUGCGCUGUUCGCUCGAGCGCUCUCCAUCCCCGCGAGCGCGUCUCAUUGAGAUCUACACGCGCGGCAUGAAUCUCAUCCCAGCGUUUAUUCACUCACACGACAUCACUGUGGUCAGGUGUAAUGUGUUUUAUUGAGAGAUGUGCGCGCAGGAUUAAAUCGGAUGGAGCAGUGGUACGCCGUUAAGCCAGUAACCGAGAGGAACGCGAUAUUUGCGUAUUGCAACUGUCUGAGCGUGUAAAUCUGAGAAGAAUGGACACGCAAAAUAUGAUGCAGUGCAAGUGUCGUCAUCUGAACAUCCGUUAUUUCUCUUAAACGCAACAGCACAGCAAGAUUUAUCACGGAAAUCCUUCAUAUCUUGUAAUAGCCUCAUGGAAGCAACCAUUUGGACUGUGUAAGGUAGAUUAUUGUUUGUAUAAAUACAUAUUUUAGUAUAUAAAUGUCUUCAAUCUCUUGAUUGUUUGAUUAUUCGCAAACCAUCUAAGUAUUAUUAAUUUAUUCGGGUCAUCAUUAAGUAUUCAUACUGACAUUUGCGUUGGGAAUAUUAUCUCUGAUGCACUGGAAUGCGUCUUCUUCUUAUGAGCUGUGUCUUCAUAUGAGUUUAGUCAUUAUUUUUGCCCUCCCAAGUGUGAUUAUUCACCUUAAUGAGAUCGUUUGGCUGAAUGAUGCGGAUGCAUAGAGACUGAAUGAGAGGAGAGCUGGAACAGAACAUCAUUGGAGUCACGGACAGACUGCCACAUCCACGCUGAACGAAUCACUGUGACAUCUGGCACCAAAACUGCUUAGUCUGUCGCGACAUCUGUGAGCUGUUCGGUCUGUACUUGAGUUUAGGUGGCACCCCAAGCAACAUCUAGAGAGGACUGACUCCGGACUGAAUCCCCAGAGGACCCAAAUCUAAAUUAAAUGCAGAGAGAACUUUGUCUAGACUGAAUCCAUAAAUGACCUGAAACUGGAUUCAUUCCAGAAUCCAGACGCAAUCCAGAUAGAAUCUGAAUCCAUAAAGGAACUAAAUCUGGACUCAAUCCAGAUAGGAGCUGAAGACUAAAUCCGUAAAGGAUCUGAGAGCAGUUCGCAACCACAGUGGAUCUAAGUCCAAACUGAAUCCUGGACUGAAUCCAGAUAGGAAUUGAACCCAGUCUCAAUCCAGAUAGGAUCUGAAUCUAGACUGAAUCCACAAAGGACCUAAAUCUGGACUGAAUGCAGACAGGACCUAAAUCCAGACUCAAACCAAUCUAGGCCUAAAUCCAAAUUGAAUCCAGAUAAAACCUAAAUCUAGAUUCAAUCCAGAUCUAAGCAGAAUUCAGGUUUAGAACUGAAUCCAGACUAAACCUAGUCCAGGUUGAAUCCAUAGGGGACCUAUUUGAAUCCAUAAAAUACUGAAUCCAUCUAUGAUCCCUGGGACACCUGCAGCGAUGCUCCCAGCCACGGAGGCAGCCAAGAUCUACCAGACCAACUACGUCAGGAACUCUCGAGCCAUCGGGGUCCUGUGGGCCAUCUUCACCAUCCUCUUCGCCAUAGUCAACGUGGUAUGUUUUGUUCAGCCCUACUGGAUUGGGGAUGGCAUGGACACGCCACAGGCCGGCUACUUCGGCCUCUUUCACUACUGCAUAGGAAGCGGAAUCUCCCGGGACCUGACGUGCCAGGGGAGCUUCACAGAGUUUGGCUCCAUCCCGUCUAGCGCCUUCAAAGCGGCGUCUUUCUUCAUUGGGAUGUCCAUGGUGCUGGUCCUCUCCUGCAUCGGCUGCUUCGCUCUCUUCUUCUUCUGCAGUACAGCCACUGUGUAUAAGAUCUGCGGGUGGAUGCAGCUGGCAGCAGGUACGUGUCUGGUGUUGGGCUGCAUGAUAUAUCCUGACGGCUGGGAUGCUGAUGAGGUGAAGAGGAUGUGCGGAGAAGGGACGGACAAAUACACCAUCGGAGCAUGCUCAGUGCGCUGGGCGUACAUCCUGGCUAUUAUGGGCAUCAUGGACGCCCUUAUUCUCUCUUUCCUGGCCUUCGUUUUGGGCAACAGGCAGGAUGGACUCAUGUCCGAGGAGCUGCUGGGAGACAAGAGUGGAAAUGCAUAGAUGCCAGAUACACUCAGGUGUUUCUGUCUCGUUUAAGGAAAAUUUUAUGUGAAAUCACAAUCCAGCUUUACCCAUCAUCCUGAGGGCAGGAAGCCUGACUGCAACGGUUUGAAAAACAUUAAAGCGAAGGAUGCAAACAGGGUGAAUAGAGUUGGGAACUCGCUGCUUUUCUGUCCAUAUCCCUUCUUUUCACUUCACUCCCUGGAAUUGCUUCUCAACAAAUCCCUACCCUAGUUUGAUUUACCGUGUUCUGUGCUACUAACAUGAUAGGGCAGCUAAUGCACCAUUUAGAAGCAAGUUUGACUUGGAAUAAUAAUAAUAAUAAUAAAAAAAAAAGUUAUUUAUUUUACGUUGUGUGCUCUUCUUCAGGCCUGCAUUACAAUAAUGUUAAUAUUUUGGGAUUUAAGAAUUACUGUAAAACACUGUUCUAUUUGACUGGAUUGGAUUAUAAUGUAUACUAAUAGAGAAUGAAACGUUCACAGGCUUGAAUUGUGGGAUGUACACUCUCCGGCACAGAGCUGCAACACAGUCACUAUCACCCCGGACGGACAAAAAAAAAAAAAAAAAAAAAAAAAAAAAAGGGACACUGAAUCAUGACCCCUUUUUCUCUGAGCCAAUCUACAUGCAAGUGACCAUUUAUUGGGUUUCAAAUGUACAAUUAUUUCACCACAACGCUAUCCAACAUUGUUUAAAGGGGUAUGUAAACAGAAGGUGAGAGUUCACUGUUAAUAUAUUUAAAUAAAAUAAGUGUCAAAAUUAGGGGCAGACAUCUCUGCCAUUAGUAAUUGUGCACAAGCCAAGUAUAUACAGAAGUAGGAGAGUGUUUUAAGUAUUAUGUAUUGAGUGUAUAUGUUGAAUUUCUGUAUGUCUCUAAUUCGAUAUUUACUUCUCGGCAGUGUUGGUGCUGUAUAGUUAUGUGUGCCAUAAUUAUGAUGUUCUCAGCCGGUAUCGUUUUGUACUCUUGGUAUAGUCAUUCUGUCCCACCAAGAUAAACGAACGCCAAUCAAAAAGAAAAUGUCAUGAGAAAACCUGGAGGAUGUGGUUUCAAAAAGCAAACACCCACAGGAAAUGACCUCACUGUGUACCUAGUGCCACUCCCUCCCUUCUUGGACAGCUGAAGAGUUUGGAUGAUUCUGGAUGAAGUUCUGAAGGGUAAGAAAAGUGAAAGAAAAAAAAUGUUUCACUUUAUUUAUUGGGUGUCUGUCUUGUCGGAUGUUGUAUGUAGAAAAUGAUGUAAAUACACCAUUAAAAUGUAUUAGUUAUAAAAGUUCAUUAAAGACAAUUCACCCACAUUAACGAAUAAAGAUUUUACCUCUGCAGACUAAAGUCAA